UCUCUCUGACCCUCCGCUGUUCAUGAUCUGUCUCUCCCUGUCUCAAAAAAAAUAAAUAAAACGUUAAAAAAAACAAAAAACCUGGCGUUCCCGAAAGUUGAAACCUCAUGACCUUUUCUGCACCAUUGCUUCCCCCUUCCACCUCCCCUCUCCGACCCGUCUCUUCGAAGAACGCCGCAGUCCUCAGCCCGCGAUUAUGAUGUUCCUCCCCCUCCAGCCUUUGUUGGUGUUUUCCUGGGGCCGGGAGCUGCUCACCUCGCACUGUCCGGGCUGUUGUCAAGGGCAGGGACUCGAGGCCAGUGACGCAGGGACAUGGUGUCAGGGGGCGGUGGCUGGCGCCAUCCUCGGCCCUGGCAGGCCUCGCUGGACCAGGGCUUUGCACACGCCCCCACCGCCCCGAAACGGAGCGUAGUGAGGCUGGUUCCGGGUCACGCGCUCUGCCUGCACGCAGAGCCAGAUCCCGCACGCGCAGGCGCGCUGCAAGGUGAAGUGGAGAAGUGCUCGCCCCCUACACCAUCUGUGCUCGUGCGACGUCGUACUAGAUGCCGAGGCGGGGGCGGUGAAAACGUACCUGGUGCACGUAACGCCCGUGUUACGACGGGUGAUGUGAUUUUUUCCCCCAAAAUGGUAAAGAACUUUCGGUAAAAUUCUGCACAAGCGAGACACCCGUGGUUCACAAGGUGGUGGCGUCCCUGCCAAGUGUGGUGUGCACGUGGGACACACACGCUGCGCAGGACAGGUCAGGAUCUCCGCUCAGAGUGAGGGCCACGGGAACUUCACCUGUGCAAACACCUGGCCAAGUGUUGGAGCUGUUUUCAGGACUCGGGAUGAUUCCCUGUGCUGCACACUGAUCACGUGCAUGGCAGUUCAGCCGGAGUCCCUGGCCUCUGCCUCCUGAGCUUGUGACAGCAAGACAUGUCCCCACGGUCUCUAAACGUCUCCCUGGAGGGACCCUCGGUCGCUCUUGCUCCCGGUGCAGCUGUGGUACCUCUGGCAGCGAUGUGAGCCCCUUUACUUCCUGGAACGAUGUCUGGUGUAGAGUAGGAAUGUAAACGGUAAUUUGUGUCAGGUGAACUGCCACUCCGCUCAGAGACCCCAGUAAAACAAUAGAAAAGACAGUCUUAAAAACCUGUGACUCCGUCAGGUGAGAGAGGCUGGCAGGUUGGGAAGCAGGUACCACUUCCAGGAUGAAGUGCAGAAGCCCGAAAGAGGCUGCGAGGCACCGGCAGGGCCCCCGGGCCCCUCUGAGCUCAGCGCCGGAAGGCAGGGCUAAAAAUGGGGGGCGGCUGGGCAGGGGCACCGGAGGUCUGCUCCCAGCGAGGCUCAGGCGUGGUGGAGGGCCGGCCAGCCCUGCCUCUGGUGCUCAGGCGGUGUUCCCGUGCUGCCCCGAGGCGGCAGCCAGUUCUCUGCUGGGACAGUCCCAAGUCCAGGAGGAAGGACCUGCACGCCCCCCGAGGCUCCAGGCAGCUCUGCCGGGAGCCCCGGUUCAGUAGAGUCACCAAGCAUCCUGCAGCUUCUUAGGGUCUCUUGGGUGGACAUCCAGGCGCUGCCCCACUGUGAGGAAAGACAGUCUACUAAGUAGCAGUGUUACCUGAGGUACAGAGAUACUGGCUCCAAGAACUAGGAACACGGCGUUAUUCGAAAGGAGCGUUCAGAGGGCCAGAAAGAGCGUUUAGAAGUUAAACUAGAGAGAGUAGCAGCUGGAAAAGCAAACGGGUGCAGCCACUCUGGAAAACAGUGUGGAGGUUCCUCAAAAAAUUAAAAACAGAACUGCCGUACGACCCAGCAAUUGCACUACUAGGUGUUUAUCCAAGGGGUAAAUGAGUCAUGAUCUCGCUCUUGAUGAGUUUGAACCCUGCAUGGGGCUCUGUGCUGACACUGCGGAGCCUGCUUGGGAUUCAUUCUCUUUCUCUGUCUCUGCCCCUUCCCCACUUGCAUCGUCUGUGUCUCUCUCAAAUAAACUAAAUAAAUAAGAAGGAUCGUGAAUCAGAACAGCACCUGUCUCCCCUGGGUGCCUCUGGCCACCUGCCCCUGGCCCCUCCUGGCCUCCCAGUGCCCUGUUGUCCAUCCAGAGAGUGUUCGUAAGUCCUUGGGCCUGAGACCUGCCCAGGAUGACUCCUCCUUGUGUUUGAGCUUCAUGCGUUGAGCGCAUGCACUGGGGUGGCUGGGACCCAGCCCGUGAGAGGCCCGGUCGCCCCCGGUGCCCUCGGGCAGCUGUUCCUGCCCCCGCUAGCUGAUUCUGUUCUCAGUGGUUGUGCCUGUGCCGUACAAGCCACUCAGCAUUUUGAAUGAAGCCUCUGGUUAUCAUGUUUUCCAAGAGACGCUCGGUAUUUAUGGACUGAGGGGCUGAAGUAGGGGGAGGAGGAUUGAAAUUCUCCAGCAACAGAUCUGGAGACCUGAGACAUGUCCGAGCCGACUCAGCACUGAAGUUGGUUCCGGCACAGGUUUACGGCAGGGAGAUCCUGCCUUUCUCUUUGUACUCUCGUCUGUGUUUUCUAAGACUCUAAAAAGUACACUGUAAGUUUCUGUCCGGAUUUGGGAGGUGGGGAUGUGGGGCAGGGCAGUCACGAAGCUGUCUGCUUUCCGCAGGCCCCUCGCACGGGCUGCCCGGUCUUCCUCGGGGAUGGGAGGGCAUGGCUCCGAGCCGUCCCCGGGCUCUCCUGUGUGACCUUCCCCGAGAACCCUGUGCUCUGGGAGCCCUCUGACCUAAGCUGGGUGGGCUGUGCAGCAGGAGGGGCCGGGAGCAGAGCGGACCCUCCCUCGGUCUGGCUCCCAGCUCCGAGUGCCCAUCUGCGCGGGUCCCGCUGUGCACACGGCCGGGCCUUCAGUGGAGCUGCCGGUGAGCAGAGACUGGAGACCGCCGUGGAUGCGCUGCCGCAGUGGGUCGGGUGGAGCGCAGGCGGACAGGUCGGCGUGGUGCCGGUCCGCGUUGAUGUCGUCUCCGGGGCCUUUCCUGGGCGCGCCCUCCUCCCUGCAGCUCCCAGCUGGGCUUCCGGGAGUUGCCUCGGGGGGACUUGGCAUCAGGGCGGCCCCUUUCCUGGGAGCCUCACUCAGAGACGUCCUGGGCGGUGUCCAGUCCCCGAGGCCCAAGCCUGCCGGGCUGAUCUCCACCCGGAGGAGAUGUUGCCCAGAGGAUGGGCGUCCACACCAACAACCUUUCUGGUCAUCUCUGUUUCCCACAUUAUCCUCCUGUGGUCCAUCUCACAGCAGCUGUAGAGCCAGAACCAAAAGGAGGCGAGUUUCGGGUCAAAUCUGUGCUGCUUUUUUGACUGAAUUACAGGAGCUUCCUCUGAAGGUCAGGGGAAGGGCAGGUGUCGAGGAAAGACGGUGGGACAGGCCUGAGUUUGCUUCUUCCGAGAAGUGUUUCUGUCACUUGAGAAUGUGUACAAGACAGUCUUCUCCCUUUUCUGUGUGUUGUGGUAAAGCGUACGUUUUCUAGAAGCUUCGAAGUUUCUAGAAGCACAGUUCAGUGGCAGGAGGCACAUCCCCGCUGUUUGGGACCACGACCGCCGCCCAUCCGCACAGCUCUCCCACGGACCCAAACGGAAGCUCUGUGCCCACCCCUCCCCUGCCCCUGGAGACCACUGUCUCCUUCUGUCCCCAGGGGCACCCGCACUGUCUUCCCGUGACAGGCGUUAUGUCACUGACCACAGCAUCCUCGAGGUCCAUCCGCGUCCGAGCAUGUGUCGGAAUCUCCUCCCCUUUAAGGUACAGGACUAGUCUGCUACGUGGACAGACCACGUUCUACCCAUCCGCCGAUGGGCCCGUGAGCUCCUCCCGCCUUUUGGCUGCUGUGAAUAGUGCUGCAGUGAGCGUGGGUGUGGAAAUACAUCCGUGUUUGAUUCCCUGCUUUUGUUUUUGGUUAUGCACCCAGAAGUGGAAUUUCUGCAUCAUAAAGUAAUUGUGUUUGAUUUUUUGAGGCAUCACCUGAGUGUUUUCCGUGUGUCUGCGCCCUUUUCUGUUCCUCCUGGCCUUGCACGACGGUACAGUUUCUCCACAUCCUUACCAGUGCCUGUUAUUUUUUGUUUGUUCGUUUGUUUUUCUAUAACUGUCUGGUGCGCAGUGACAUCUCGUUGUGGUUUCAUUUGCAUUUUUCCUGAUGAUGGGUGCUGUUUUCGUGUGCUUAUUGGUCAUUUCUGUAUCUUCUUUGGAGAAAUGUCUACCCAAGUCUUGGGACCAUUUCUUAAUUGGAUUUUUUGUUGUUUUUUUCGUUGUCGUGUUUCCUUCUCUAUUCUGGAUAUCAGCCCCUCAUCAGAUACGUGACGUGCAAAUAUUUUCUCCCAUUUUGCGGAUUCCAUCUUCAUUCUGUCAAAUGUCUUUUGACGCAUGGGAGCCAGGUUUAGGGGCACACUUGGGAGUUCUCCAGGCAGAGGCACAGCGAGGGUAGAGGCACCGGUGCCGGAGUGGGUGUGCCAUAUGCACAGUGUGAGGACAGCACCUGCAUUAAAAAUGCCCAUUUUCAAGCCCUCUUGGAGGAAGUGUUAGGAAAAGACAAGAAACCUGUGAGAUAUUUAAGGGUUAAAGAGGCGGAGGGAAGACAGAGCUUGUGCAAAGUUUCCAGAUGGCCCACAAAGCACUAGAAGAUGUUACAUGUAAGCUAAGUGUCCCUGCUCCUGCCGACUUCUCUUUACAUGAAAGCGUGAAAAAAUAAAAACUAAAGAUAUGGCAAGCAUAGGUCUUUCAGAAGGCUCUCCAGGGAAAUGGCAUUUUAGGAAUUACUUUACCCUUAAUAAUGCUCCCAGCACGCUCCAGUUGCCAGUACCUGGGGACUGUAGUGAGCCCAAGCCUUCGGGAGGUCGACGACAGGACCUACAGGAAGUAGGCAUCGACUAUAAGACGACCACUAUCCUGCUGGAUGGACGGCGGGUCAAGCUGGAACUCUGGGACACAUCGGGCCAGGGCAGGUUCUGCACCAUCUUCAGGUCCUACUCCAGGGGCGCACAGACACUUGAGGACCAAAGCAGCAGCCAGGCCUGCACGUUCGCCAGACUGUACGUUCUGAGGAAGCACAUCCUGUUACCACGUCCACGUUCUCUCCAAAGCAUCCAGCCCAGUCAGUUGUGUAUCAGCUGUUGCUUUUGCUUUGCUAGCUCUGGGGGUGCUGGUCGUUUUGGGGCUGGGUGGCCGGCAGCGGGCGCCGAGUCUGGGGUGCUUCUGCCUGUCGUGCUUCUGUCCCGUCUGGUGGUGGCAGUGAGGACCGUGGGGUCUGCACGGUCAGCACUACCUGACUUUGCAGCCAAUGAUACCGCUGGUGGAGUUUCCUCUCUCCUGUCACUCUCCUACCCCCGGUUAAGGUCAGAGAGGCCUUGCGGGUCCCGUAAGGUCCAGAACACAGAAGCCCCUGGCCAGCCCCUGUGUGUUGUCACCUGCCCCACAGCGGUACUGUCUCGUGGCUCUUGCCAUGAGUACCUUUCUGUCCUGGACCACUGGACUGUGGCCCGUGUUUGCUGUUGCUGGGUGCUGAGGUAGCCCUGGGAGGCCGGUGCCUCCCGUUGGGGUCCCCUGGAGUCCCAGGGAGGGGACUGGGGGCUAGGAGCAGGGAACGUUCUGUUCAAUUGAGGGUUUGGGGUCACCUGGAUUAGCACUGGGGAGAGCACGGCCAGGCCCUGGUCUGGAUAGAGAGGGUUCAGUUCAUUCCCGCGAAAAGCGGUUUCCUGUGAAAAAUGGUCUCGGGCUCACAUUUGCCAUUACACGAUUGCUGGUGAGGGUACCAGCAUGCCACCUGUCACCGCCCAGGUUGGGGGGCAUUUGGGCCAGAGACCGUUUGACAGACACCUGCUCCCCAUUUUCAGUGCUUGUCUUGCUCCUGGGCAGAAGCCUGGGCGCGUGUUGGGGGCGUAGGCAGAGCUCCUUGGGAGCCUUACCGUACAACAUGUAUCACACGUUGCAAAAACUGACUUCAUAAAAAGUGCACCUCUGCACCUCGGUUGGGGUGCUGGUGGCACAGGUACGUACGUUUGUCCAAGCUCAUCAAACUGCUCACCCUUAAAAUCUCUCUGCAUCUUCUGAGGGAUAAGCGGUAGCUCAGAAAUGGACAGAAUGAGGACCUGGGCCCCGCACUCCCACCUCUGGGAAUCCUGUGGUCCGGGUCACGUUGUACGUGCUCAGGCCUUCAUCUCGGGUGUUGGUAAUCACACAGCAGGUGAAGUCACCUAAGCGCCAACAGCCGCGCUACCUGCUGAGCCUGGCACGAGGCUCUGGCGUCUGUGGGGCAGGGGGUCCCGGGUGGGGGCUGGGCAGCUUGCACCACAUCCCCGUCUGUGUCAGGAAUGAGACAGUAAGUGGUUAUCCCUGGAGCGAUGGGGAGAGCUUCUGUUUGUACCCUGGAGUACCCGCUCAUUUAAAAACCCUGAGCGUGUGUUACUUUUAUUAAUUGAAAAAACAGUAUAGUGAGAAUUUAUUUGCUCCUCCUUCUGCCUCUUUGGAAUGCACGGCCGACUUGGGACCCCUUGGGGUCUUCUGGUAACGAGCAGCCUCGCUUUGGUUUCUCAUCGGUGCCACGUGUGCUCGAUCCCACCUGUCCUUCCCGCGCUCAUUUUGGUCCCUGCUGCCUGCGAUGUGACCAGCUCUGUGUCCUUCCUCCUUGAGAUGGACCGCGACUGGGGCAGCCCCAGAAAGACGGUUGUGGGUGCAGGUUGGCGCCAGCUGGGAGGGCAGCCAGGGGUUCCACAACCGCCUAGGGGCGUGGCUGAAGCCUGAGCCCAAGAGAUGAGCUUCUGCCUGCUUAUUUGAGCUUUUCAGCCUCACACAGGUGAGCAGGAGCAAGAAGGUGAGUCCCUGUCGAGCCUCCAACACGUGGUUGUGCGUGGAAACUGUUCUCUGUGGGUUGUGGUGUGUUUGUAUUUCUGUUUCUAAAAACUGGAUGGGGCGCCUGGGGGGCUCAGUCGGUUAAGCAUCCCUCUCUUGCUUCGGCUCAGGUCAUGAUCUCACUUA